GAAGUCUUCGACUGCAGUCGAAUGGCGGUCUACUGCGACGGCUGUCUGGCGCUGCCGCAGCGCUUCGGAUGUGGGUGGUGCCGUUCGAGUGCAGCGGACGUCGAGUCGUUCUGUCUCCGUUCUGACCGGUGCUUGCAGACCUCUGGCACUUGGCUUCAGCAUCCAUUUGCAUCUUGCAAUAACCCGCGUAUAUUGCAGAUAUUACCAGAAAAUGCAACUUUAAGCAGUCAGGCACCACUCGAAAUCCGCGGGGUCAACUUGGGUGAUCAGCCAGAGAGGGUGAAAAUCCAGGCACUUUUUGAAGGCGGAUCCUUAGAGCCGGUACCGUGCAUCGUGUUGCCAGAGGGCUUUCAGCCAUCUCGACAGGUCGUCUGCCGCCUACUCCCUGCAUCGCGGAUCCCGCCACUGGACACUCCACUCCCGUGUCGCAUUGUGAUGCGCCUGGAAGGUGCCGACAACCAGGCAAGCAUGGGGCAGCCCGCAGGGGCGUCACGUCGAUGUCCGCAUAGUCCGCUGAGAGGCCCGGUUGCUGGCGGCACGCUGUUGAGGAUUCGUGGCAAGAACCUAAACGUCGGUGCCUCGGUGGCGGUGAUUUUGCGUGUGGACACCGGUAGUCUGCAAAAGGGCGCUAUUUGUGAAAUUAGGCACAUUUUUCCGGACUUGAUAACAUGCCAGACACAAUCCGUGAGCUCCAUCUUGCCGCAUUUUGCCUCGGACCCCGAAGGCGGCGGCACUCAGUUUGGGCUUCGCUCUUUCAUUGACUUACUGAACGAUAAAACGCUCACCAGGGCGCCACUUCAAACCUUCACGUACACACCAAACCCCACAAUCAGAGCCGUCUCAAAGUCCUUGAUUUUCCUCGGCGGGGGCACAACUCUCCGUAUCUACGGCCAGUACUUGGACGUGAUCGAGGACCCGCAGAUUGUGUUCUACUACAACUCCAUGGAAUACAUCGAACCCUGCAAAUCAACGAUCGGACAUCUUUCUUGUGUGAGUCCAUCGCUCGAGGUUCCACGUGGUGGCAAUUUGGUGGUCAGCGAUGGCCCACCCACUACUCUCGUUCGUUCCAUCACCAAUCCGUCUAUUUUGCCCAAAAUCUAUUCGAGUGAAAAUGGUGAGGAAUACGGUAAUGGGGCCAGCGGAGGCAGUAUCGAUGUUUCGUAUGGAUUCAUUAUGGACAAUGUCACGGAGUUGCUUGUGUUCGGAACAUUGACGGUUUUUCCAAAUCCCGAGUUCUUCCCAUUCGCCGAUGGCCGCCUGGUUGAGCCCUUCACACCGCCCGCGUCGCCGCACCCCCCUAGUGGAAAGCCAGUGAGGGGGAACUUGACUUUUGACCACAUUCUAGAGGAGUCUGCACACUCACAGGACCACCAUCUGCUCCGCUUUCGUGGCAAGUUUAGGGAAUUAGCCGAAGUGUCUGAUUUGCAGGCGUUGGAAGAGCUCUCGAUCGUUGUCGCCACUGCGACUACAACGAAACAAGCCAACACCACCUGUAAACUGACUGUCAUCAAACCCGACGAGAUUCAAUGCGAGAUCAGCAAAAAGGAGCUCGUCGAGGGCGAGGACUGCCCUGUCGUAAUUCGAAUCGGCAGGUACCUAACUUCUCGACCGGGCACUGUACAGUUCAAGCGUCUUGGGGCCUUAGGCGGACGCGAUCGGAUCGUCGUUGUGGCGAGUUCGUUGAUGGGGAUCGUCACCCUCGUGGCUUGUCUCUUCCUCGCCAUGUGGUGUCGCUCCAAGCGAACCGAGCGUGACCUGCAACAGCGCUUCAAAAUUCGGUGGGCAGAGCAAGAGAAAUGCGUUACCCGCGCUUUCAAAAGCGAUUUCAUGGAGCUGCAAACACACGUGGAUGAGUUGGUGCACGACCUGAAUAAGAGCAGUCUCCCGGUCAGGGAUUACCAGACCUACUGCCUCUUCUCCCUCUUCCCCGACUACCACCUGAACCUGGUCAGGCCCACGGAUCCCCACGAUAUGCCACCUGCUAAGGCGAACCACGCGACCUGGGAGUGUGCGGAUGCUGCCGGGGAGGAGCACUGCAGACACCCUCUGGUGUCCACCUUCAAGGUGCAGGCGAACGUCCAGGAGGCGGCAGAUCGUGGCCUCUUUCUCUUCAACCGGAUCCUCUGCAACCGUCAUUUCCUUUGCCUGCUCGUCCGAGCCAUCGAGUCCAACCGGAAUAUAGACGCCCGGGCCAAAUCCCAAAUUGCCUCUCUGCUCUCAAUCAUCCUUCAACCCAAUAUGGAGUACUUCACUCAAAUAAUCAUGCUGUUGAUCGCCGAUCAACUGCGUAAGUCACGUGACCACGGGGGCGACAGUCGCCUGUUGACGGCGUUUCGGCGCGCCGAGUCGGUGGUUGCAAAGCUGCUCUCCAAUUGGCUCACCUUCCUCCUCUACAACUUCAUAAACGAGCACGCAGCGGAGCACCUCUUCAUCCUCUAUCGGGCCCUCCUCCAGCAGAUCAACACGGGACCCAAGGACGCCGUGACGGGGCACGCUCGAUACACCCUCGACGCGGGAACGCUGCUCAAGAGUGAUUAUGUUGCUCGAACACUCACACUUCUGGUUGUCGAUUCGGAGGGCCUAUUCGGCCCCUUCAGCCCUACGCAGUUACCGGUGCGCUUGUUGUCCUGCGAUACAAUCACGCAGGCAAAGGAGAAAAUCCUCGACGCGAUCUACCGAAACACACCUUACAAAAACCAGAUUCGUCCAACUGACGUUCAUCUAAAUCACUUUGAGCGGGCAAACGAAUUCCUGAUGAUGGAUUGGGAUCUGGACAUUCGACGAGACGCUUCCAACGGCUUUCUUGAGGGUCCACCGUAUCGGCUCAACUGCCUAAGCGAUUACAAGAUGAAUGAGAACGACGUGGUGGCGUUGGUGCGUGCCGACGGACCGGUCGCGUGUGGCGGCACGUCAGCGUCGCAUCGCAAUGACGGCGGUGACAUCCACACCACCACUUCCCCCUCGAACGCUGCCUGGGAUCUCCGCUCACCGAAAGACGCUCGCAUUCCCAACGGCCACCACCGCCACCCCCACCCCCACAUUCGACCCACAGGGGUUCCCAGCCCCCUCUACUGGUAUCACCUCGAACGGCCCAACGCCGCUGACUUGCAGCGUUUUGCUUUGGUCGAGGUGUCCAACAAACCCGGUCGCCAGGUUCCGUGUCCGAGCGCGCGUCGGUCGUUCGUCCGCUGUCGAGGUCACCGGAGCUUCUCGUUGUGCAUCCCUUCAAAAGGCGCGGCUUCAGGACCUCAGCAGGAGGAGGAGCAGCAGCAGCCCUGCCUGGAUGCAGCGAGUCUGCGUCACUGGCUCGCGACCGACACGGCGCGCGCCCCGCAGCCGCGCGCACACCCACAACGACCGCGCAAGGUCCCUUCGAAGGUGCUGCGCGCCGGAUCGCCCACCUUCGAGACCGCAGACCUGGCCAGCAGUUUCCUCCACGACGGCGACGACUCCGACGCGAUGGACCGACCCAUGGCAAAGCUCCCGUGCGAGAUAUUCCUUAACCGGCUGCUCAGAACUCGGGUUUCAGUGGUGAAUUACAUGGAGAACGUGGUGGAGCUAAUCUUUGGUGUGGUAAGAGACUCACAGAGUCCACCUCUGUGCAUCAAAUUUCUGUUCGACUUCCUCGACUCGCAGGCCGACGCACUCGAGAUCCGUGACCCGAACAUUUUGCACGCCUGGAAGGCAAACUGCUUAUAUUUGCGCUUCUGGAAUCAGAUUCUUAUCAAUCUGGAUUACAUUUUUGACAUUCCGCUGUUGCGGAACACUGCCCUGGAGAGGUCCUUUCAUUCCUUCAGUCAAGCUCUCACCUACGCCUGCUCGCCUGUCCUCGACAAAGUUACCAUGGAUUCGCCCAUUAACAAGGCUCUCUUUUCAAGCGACAUUGAGCUCAUCAACGAGUUAACUGUGGCAGCAGCAACCUCACCCGCCUCGUCACACAGUACAAUGGAGGUUGGAGGCGAAGAGGAGGGGGAGGAGGAGGCGACGGAGGGAAGCAAAGAAUACUCUGUCUCGCGCAACGCCAACAGCUUCCGGGCAAGCGACCCGCGUUUUCAAGCCGGCGACUGGGAGCCCUUGCGUCUCCUUCAGGCUCUUAAGGAGGUUAACUCGUGCAUGCUGACUGUCGCACAGAGCAACACCUCGGCUUCCUCCACAUCCACACCGUUAUUCCCACCGACAUCCUCUCAUUCAGCGACACAAAGCCACAACCAAUCGUCGGAGGGUGGUGGUGAAGACCCUUCCAAUCUUCGCCCCGGGAUUCCCCGCGCUGAGUGGAAGCUUCCCCCUCUUCCGACGCCUCCAUUCCGCUGA